AUGCUUCUCUCAGGCAUAAUGCGACCGCCGGAGAUGAAGGACAUAGGCGACCAAAUACUGGUUUUGUCCCAUGUCUCGCAACACUGGCGCGAUGUCGCCAUUACCAUGCCUCAGCUUUGGGAAACGUUCAGCACAUGCUGGGGGUACAGUCCGAAGAAGUCCCACGUGUUCUUGGAACGCUCCCAGUCCGCUCUACUCGACGUCAGCAUCGAUGUCUUGACCAAAGCCCACGGAUGGGGCGACAUCAUAGUGCAUGUGCUAGCACAGACAUCAAGAUUUUCCACACUUUCCAUCUGUACGGAUGAGAUGAUUGAGCUCCCUGACACUGUGCAUAUGGGGACAGUACCAUUCCUCAUUAGACUUGCUAUCAGCUAUAGGCCUCGAGGCGGGCUUCAAGGGAUACUGGCGAUCAAGCACGAAUUAUUCAACGGAGAAACUCUUUCAUUGCGAUCUCUCUCCUUGGACGGAUGCGCUGUGGUCUGGGGAUCCUCGAUCUUCUCUAGACUCACAGAACUGGAAAUCAAGUCUCCCUGGGCAAGUAGUACACUGCAAAUAAGAAGCGAACAAGUUAUCGCUACUCUCAGUUGCUGUGCCUCCACCCUCAAAUUUUUGUCUCUCGAUGGGUGCAUGGCACCCGAGGCAUCCACCCCGUCCAUGGCGAGAGUACCGCUGGACACUGUGACCCUCUCCCUCUCACGGCUCAGAAUGCUCAAGCUCAAGGGUUUCACGUUUGCUUCCGUUGUCGAAUUCUUGACGUUGGUCGCUUUCCCGCACACAACUCAUCUGGAAAAGCUUGUUGUACUCCUCACUCCCCUGCGCUCCGCUCAGGACCUCGGGAGAGAUGACGCGAUCGCCCUGCCUCAUCUCGACCACUUGCACUUCUCAACACCGCGCAUCUGCUUCACCAAAGGCCGGACCCGCGUCGGGGUGCAGCCGACGUGUCUGACGAUACGCAAGCCUCAGCGCGAUAUCGUCAUGCUCCGCGCGUACGCGGAGUCUAUUGGAGCACGGCUUAUUGAGUACAUGGAUAGCGAGAGUGUGCCGGAAUUUCGCGACGUAGAUGAAUUACCCGACACAAGAACCUACGUACGGUCUCAGUUUUACAACUAG